AUGAAUGAAUCUGUGAGUGAGGAUACUUGGUUAUGGGUCCGCGGUGUGUUGAGGUCCUGGCUUGAGGACCCCGGAGUGGAAGAGUUCCAGGGUCUGAACAUGAGCGAGCUUCAAAUGGACCAGGCUUACAUGAUAGGAGUAGCUGAUGGAAAUUUCGGCGUCUACUCAGUAUCAGAUGAUUGCUUCAGAUGCCCGUUUGAGCUGCAGAAGUCUUUGAAUCCUUCAACAAAUAGUUCGUGGGUUGUAAGCACUGCGAAGCGUUCAACUUGGAGAGUGUACAGCGGUGCUAAUGAAGAUUUUAUAACAGCUAGAAAUACUACUGGACUGUUAUGCCAAUUGAGACCAAAUCUGGGAGAGUUCGGAGUGUACACAUUGAAUGCAACCACUGAAGGUUGCGACAUACGAACAGAUAAGGAACCAGUCGAUAUUUAUAUGCGUAAGUGA